UUUUUUUCGGGGAUGAAUAUUUUGGAGCUAUUCGAUUGUGUAUGUACUUUUUGGAGCUUUUCGAUUGUGUAUAAUUGGCCCGAAACGAUUUCCCUUUCCACACUGACGGAAAGCGGUGCUUUAAACGGAUCAAUCUUUCGACACUUCGGAUGAUCACUAAUAUUUCGUUAUGCAAAUCAUAAAGCGCGACUGUUUAAGAUACGCGUCUAUACUAUAUAUGAAAAAGUGAAUUUAUUCACCACCGUUUGCAUUAGUGAUAAAGAGUGACAGCAAUAGUUUCUACACAGUCACAGGAACAAUGGGGCAUCAAAAGCACGGAAGUGAUGCAUGCACACCACCCCAUCAACCGCAGUUGAUUUCCCGGCCAGGGGUCUACGAAAAAGUGUACACUGAUUUACGGUAUAGAGAAGUUCUGCUACGCUUAGUGUCAACAACAAAGCUUUUAAUUGAGGGAAAAUUUGAUCAAACAUAUCAGAUAUACAAAAUAUAUGAAUUCAAGAGAUACAUCUUGAGCUAUAUAUAGAGCUUUUCCGUUAUCGCGUCGGCAAAUACGUGGACUUAAUUCUUUUCAUUAUACGAGGAUCCUGGCCCAAAGAAGUUUUGGUGUCCAGUGAUAAAGUAAGAUGGCAAAUCCUAACAGAAAAUCCCUAUGUGCCAAAAAAACAUUCAGUUUAAUAUCCAUGUUAGGGUUGACCGGUAGCUUUUUUCUGGUUGAAAUUGUUGUUGGCUAUAUCACUGGUUCUGUGGCUUUAAUAGCAGACUCAUUUCACAUGUUGUCUGAUGUUAUAUCUUUAAUAGUGGGGUUCUUUGCCUUGCGAUACUCAAAAAAAACAAGUCAGACAGAUCGGAACACAUUCGGUUGGCAAAGAGCAGAAGUAUUGGGUGCUUUGAUAAAUGCUGUAUUCCUAGUUGCAUUGUGCUUUACAAUUUUCAUUGAAGCUCUAAAACGGUUGAUUGAAGUUGAAGAAAUCACAAAUCCUUGGUUAGUUCUUAUUGUUGGUGGCGCUGGUUUGUUUAUUAACGUCAUUGGUUUAUUCAUGUUCCAUGGGCAUGGCCAUUCUCAUGGUGGUCAACACCAUGGUCAUUCUCAUGGUGUUGUCAGUAAUGGUCACAGUUCUCUUGGGGUACAAUCAAGUGAAACAGUUCUUCCAAACAUAGGAAAUGUGGAGGAAAGCAAUGUUGCUGAUCUUGAGUCUACCAGUCAAACUAAUAUGUUUGAGAAUUCAUAUUUGAAAGAUGCAAGAGAAAUUCAGAAGUUUGCUACAGUUAUUGUGCGUGAGAAAUCAAGGGAGGUGAUUAAUACCAAUGCUACUGACGACACAGAGACGCACGUCCUUCACACGGAUCACAGCGUCACAACUAGUGCUCAAAUGAACAUGCGAGCUGUCUACCUUCAUGUGCUAGGCGAUGCCUUGGGAUCGGUCAUCGUCAUCGCUAGCGCCCUGUGCAUUAUUUACGGUGAAGGUGACUGGACUUUGUAUGUCGAUCCAGGAAUGAGUUUAAUUAUGGUGUUCAUUAUAUUGAGAUCAUCGGUACCAUUGCUGAAGGAGUCCGCACUAAUCUUAAUGCAAACCGUACCGACGCAUAUUAAGAUACACGAAAUUCGAGAGAGGUUACUCAAGCAAGUUGACGGAGUACUGAGCCUACACGAAUUUCAUGUGUGGCAAUUGGCUGGUGAUAAGAUUAUCGCUUCUGCUCACAUCACAUGUCGUUCGAUGGCAGAAUACAUGCCCAUUGCAAACAAAGUAAAGGAUUUCUUCCAUAACGAGGGCAUCCAUUCCACGACUAUCCAGCCGGAAUUCAUCGAGGACCCUCCUGAACUAUUGGAGCUUGAUAACUGUGUGCUUGAUUGUGGCGAGGAUAAAGAUUGUGGAUCUCAGCGGUGUUGCCCUGAUGACGUAAGAAUGAGAAAAAAACAACCUGCAUCGGAAAAAGAUAAAGAUAACGGCAGGAAGAGUAAGGACGUUUCCGAAACGUCCGCAGAAGUCGCAGUUUAAGAGUUUCGCAAAGUACAACAGAUUUGAUAAACGGGAGGUGUAUGCAGGGUUAGACUGUUCAAAUAUUCUAGUUACUGUCUAAGUUUAUUUAAAACUCUGCGACCGUUUCUCCUUUGACGCAAGUACUUAUAGCUACUGCUGAAUGGAGUUUGCAUUAAAAGUUACCAUGUCACAGGGACGUAGCCAGACCUUAAGGUGGAGGGGGAGGGGGCUAAGGCUAGAGUUUCAGCUCGUCUAACCAGGCCGAAAGUAUUUUUCAAUUUCAUGCAAAGUUUCCGCCCGGGCUGAGUUUAUGACAAGUGAGAAUUAUUUUAAGACCAGGCUGAAAUUUCAGCUCCGCCUGAGUUAGUAAAGGCUGGUAGUAGACCUAUUUUGAGUAUUCAAGCGCUUUCAAAUCCUGAAUCACAAUAACUUGAUUGCACAUAAAAAUGAAACAAACAAAUCAAAAAGCUUUGUCAAGGCGAUUUUUACUGCCUGGGUGG